AUGCAAAGAGCUUUCGCUUCGCGGGCGCGGACUUCGGCCCUAAAUUCGACCUCUAAGCUUCGCACGACCAGCUUGAGCCUCCAGCAACAGAGAUUUGCGCACAAGGAGCUUAAGUUUGGCGUCGAGGCACGAGCAGGACUGCUCAAGGGUGUCGACACACUGGCAAAGGCCGUGUCAACAACACUCGGUCCCAAGGGUCGCAACGUAUUGAUUGAGUCAAGCUAUGGCUCUCCCAAGAUUACCAAGGCUUCAGAUGGUGUAACUGUCGCAAAGGCCAUUACCCUCCAAGACAAGUUCGAAAACCUUGGAGCCCGCCUGCUUCAGGAUGUUGCCAGCAAGACCAACGAAGCUGCUGGUGACGGGACCACUACCGCUACCGUCCUUGCCCGCGCCAUCUUCUCCGAGACUGUUAAGAACGUUGCCGCCGGAUGCAACCCAAUGGACCUGAGGCGGGGUACUCAGGCCGCCGUCGAGGCCGUUGUCGACUACCUCAAGGCAAACAAGAGGGACAUUACCACCAGCGAGGAGAUUGCACAGGUCGCCACUAUCUCUGCCAAUGGUGACACACACAUUGGCAAGCUCCUGUCCAACGCAAUGGAGAAGGUUGGAAAGGAGGGUGUCAUCACCGUCAAGGAGGGUAAGACUACCGAGGAUGAGCUGGAGGUCACCGAGGGUAUGAAGUUCGACCGUGGUUACAUCUCCCCUUACUUCAUCACCGACACCAAGACUGCCAAGGUUGAGUUUGAGAAGCCUCUCAUCCUCCUUUCCGAGAAGAAGAUUUCUGCUGUCCAGGACAUUGUCCCCGCGCUUGAGGCUUCCCAGCAGCUCCGCCGCCCUCUUGUUAUCAUUGCUGAGGACAUUGACGGCGAAGCGCUUGCUGUCUGCAUCCUCAACAAGCUCCGUGGUCAGCUUCAAGUUGCCGCUGUCAAGGCCCCUGGUUUCGGUGACAACAGGAAGUCCAUCCUUGGCGAUCUUGCUGUCUUGACCAACGGUACUGUCUUCAGCGACGAUCUUGACAUCAAGCUCGAGAAGGCUACUCCGGAUAUGCUGGGUUCUACCGGGUCCAUCACCAUCACCAAGGAGGACACUGUCAUUCUGAACGGUGAGGGCAGCAAGGACCAGGUCUCGCAGCGUUGUGAGCAGAUCCGUGGUGUCAUCAACGACCCGACCACAUCCGAGUACGAGAAGGAGAAGCUGCAGGAGCGUCUUGCCAAGCUCUCUGGUGGUGUUGCCGUCAUCAAGGUCGGUGGCUCCUCCGAGGUUGAGGUUGGCGAGAAGAAGGACCGCAUCGUUGACGCCCUCAAUGCCACCCGUGCCGCUGUCGAGGAGGGAAUUCUGCCUGGUGGUGGUACCGGUCUCCUCAAGGCUUCCGCCAACGCUCUCGACUCGGUCAAGGCGCAUAACUUCGACCAGCAACUUGGCAUAACCAUUGUCAAGAACGCUAUUACCCACCCUGCCCGCAAGAUCGUCGAGAACGCCGGUGCUGAGGGCUCUGUCAUUGUCGGCAAGCUCAUCGACGAACACAAGAACGACUUCAACAAGGGAUUCAACAGCGCCAAGGGCGAGUACGUCGACAUGAUUGCUGCUGGUAUUCUGGACCCCUUCAAGGUUGUCCGCACUGCCCUUGUCGAUGCCAGCGGUGUUGCCUCACUCCUCGGUACCACUGAGGUUGCCAUUGUCGAGGCACCCGAGGAGAAGGCCGGUCCUCCAGGCGGCAUGCCUGGCGGUAUGGGAGGAAUGGGCGGAAUGGGUGGAAUGGGUUUCUAA